AUGCGUCGUGAAGGAAGAUGUGCCUCUUAUGAUCAAGAUACGCCACCUUUAGGACAAGGUACGCCACCUAUAAUCAAGGUGCACUAUCUUGGUGAAAGGUGCCACUAUUGUGUGCCUCAUUGUGCUCCGAGUGUUACUUACGAUAGCAAAGCCAUUGUUAUCAAUGGCGAAAGAAGAAUUCUCAUCUCUGGUUCCAUACAUUACACCAGAAGCACCCCUGAGAUGUGGGAAGAUCUUGUAAAGAAGGCGAAAGAUGGAGGGCUUGAUGUGAUUGAUACUUACGUGUUUUGGAAUGUUCAUGAGCCGUCUCCCGGCAAUUAUAAUUUUGAAGGGCGAUAUGAUCUAGUGAAGUUCUUGAAGACAGUGAAAAAAGCAGGGAUGUAUGUUCAUCUUCGAAUCGGACCUUAUAUUUGUGCAGAAUGGAAUUUUGGAGGAUUUCCAGUUUGGUUGAAGUAUGUUCCCGGGAUUAGUUUCAGAACCGAUAAUGAGCCAUUUAAGAGUGCGAUGAAAGGGUUCACCGAGAAGAUAGUGAAUUUGAUGAAGAGUGAAAAGAUGUUUGAAUCUCAAGGAGGCCCAAUUAUUCUUUCACAGAUUGAAAAUGAAUAUGGAUCGGUAGGAAAGGCAUAUGGAGGUGCUGGACAUAACUACAUGACUUGGGCUGCAAAUAUGGUUGUAGAAUUGGGGACAGGUGUCCCAUGGGUCAUGUGCAAACAAGAUGAUGCCCCCGAUCCCAUUAUUAACACGUGCAAUGGUUUUUACUGCGAUGAAUUUUCACCAAACAAGCCUUACAAACCCACAAUUUGGACCGAGGCUUGGAGUGGAUGGUUCACGGAAUUUGGCGGUCCGGUCUACGAGAGGCCGGUUCAAGAUUUGGCAUUUUCCGUUGCGCGGUUCAUACAAAAGGGCGGCUCAUUCUUUAAUUACUACAUGUAUCAUGGAGGCACAAACUUUGGUCGUUCUUCUGGAGGCCCAUUCAUCACUACUAGUUACGAUUAUGAUGCUCCACUUGAUGAAUAUGGUUUAAUAAGGCAACCAAAAUAUGGUCAUUUAAAAGAGCUUCACAAGGUUAUUAAGGAAUGUGAGCUUGCUUUAGUUUCAUCAGAUCCUAUUAUCACCUCUUUAGGAAGCCUCCAACAGGCUCAUGUAUUCUCUCCUAAAUCACAAUGUGCAGCUUUUUUGUCAAAUUAUGAUCCGAAUAAUGCUGCAAAAGUGACAUUUAAUAAUGUGCAUUAUACGUUACCCCCUUGGUCUAUUAGUAUCCUACCUGAUUGCAAAAAUGUUGCUUUUAAUACAGCUCAAAUUGGAGUUGAAUCAACCAAAAUGGAGAUGUUAUGGAGUGAUUCAAAGAUGUUUUCAUGGGAGACAUAUAAUGAAGAUUUAAAUAUUGUUGAUGAAAGUUCUAUAAUUACUUCAAUGGGUUUAUUAGAGCAAAUUAAUAUAACAAGAGAUACUAGUGAUUAUCUUUGGUAUACAACUAGUGUUGAUGUUGAUUCAUCUGAAUCUUUUUUGCAUGGAGGAGAGCUUCCAAAGCUUUUGGUGCAAUCAAGGGGACAUGCUCUUCAUGUGUUUAUAAAUGGAGAAUAUUCAGGUUCUGGUUUUGGAACAAGAAAACAUAGGAAAGUUAUGUAUAAAGAAAAGAUCAAUUUACAUGGUGGAAUCAAUAAAAUUGCACUACUUAGUGUUGCCAUGGGAUUACCGAAUAUUGGAGGACAUUAUGAAACAUGGGAGACUGGAGUUUUAGGUCCAGUGGCUUUGUAUGGUUUUGACAAAGGGAAAAGGGACUUGUCAUGGGUCAACUGGAGUUACAAGGUUGGUCUAAAGGGAGAGUCCAUGAAUCUCAUCUCCUCAAAUCCUACAUCUUCUAUCAAAUGGACUCAAGAUUCUUUAAUCACUCAAAAACAGCAACCAUUAACAUGGCAUAAGGCUUACUUCAUUGCACCUAAGGGUGAUUCACCAUUGGCUCUUGACAUGAAUAGUAUGGGAAAAGGUCAAGCAUGGGUCAAUGGUCAAAGCAUAGGAAGAUAUUGGACAACUUUUGCUUCUGGUAAUUGUCAAGGGUGUCAUUAUGCUGGGACCUACCGCCCGUUGACUUGUCAACUCGGAUGUGGUCAACCAACCCAAAGAUGGUAUCAUGUGCCUAGAUCUUGGUUAAAACCAAAAAAUAAUUUAUUGGUGAUUUUUGAAGAACUUGGUGGGGACCCCACUAAGGUUUCACUAGUGAAAAGAUCAAUAACAAGUAACUAACAACAAUUUGGAUUUGAGAAUUUAGUCUUUAUUAAUGUUGUUGUUGACCAAUUUGUACAAUAAUAGAGGAGGAUAUAGAUACGUUGUCAUUUUUACUGAUGAUUUCAGUAGAUUUGGUGAGAGCCUUUUAAUGGAAAACUUGAGUACCAAAUUUGUAGUGUCAAAAAUGUCAAUGGUGUGGUUUGUGUAAGUGUUGUAAUGGGAGAUAAGAUGAAUCCCUAGAAUUAGCUUAUUUGUUUAGGAGUUGAUUUUUUUUUAUAGUGAAAGUGAGUGAUUUAGGAAGGAAUAAAUUGGUUUGUACAAUUGAAUCCCAUAUUUUUGUUGUUGGAAUGCACUUUUGGUA